AUGGACGUGGACGUGGACGUGGACGUGGAAGUGGACGUGGAAGUGGACAUGGACGUGGACGUGGACGUGGACAUGGACGUGGACGUGGACGUGGACAUGGACAUGGACGUGGACGUGGACGUGGACGUGGACAUGGACGUGGACGUGGACGUGGAGGACUUGGACGUAGACAUGGACGUGGACGUGGACGUGGACGUGGAGGACUUGGACGUAGACAUGGACGUGGACGUGGUCGAGGACGUGGACUUGGACGUGGACGUGGACAUGGACGUGGACAUGGACGUGGUUGUGGACGUGGACGUGGACGUGGACGUGGACCUGGACGUGGACGUGGACGUGGACGUGGACGUGGACAUGGACGUGGACGUGGACGUGGACGUGCACAUGGAGGUGGACGUGGACGUGGACGUGGACGUGGACAUGAACGUGGACGUGGACUUGGACAUGGACGUGGACGUGGACGUGGACUUGGACGUGGACGUGGACGUGGACAUGGACGUGGACGUGGACUUUGACAUAGACGUGGACGUGGACGUGGACGUGGACCUUCACGUGGACGUGGACAUGGACGUGGACGUGGACGUAGACGUGGACGUGGACGUGGACGUGGACAUGGACGUGGACGUGGACGUGGACGUGGACGUGGACGUGGACGUAGACGUGGACGUGGACAUGGACGUGGACGUGGACGUGGACGUGGACGUGGACGUGGACGUGGACCUUGACGUGGACGUGGACGUGGACAUGGACGUGGACGUGGACGUGGACAUGGACGUGGACGUGGACAUGGACAUGGACGUGGACGUGGACGUGGACUUGGACGUGGACGUGGACGUGGACGUGGACGUGGACGUGGACGUGGACGUGGACGUGGACAUAGACGUGGACGUGGACGUGGACAUAGACGUGGACUUGGACGUGGACGUGGACGUGGACGUGGACGUGGACGUGGACAUGGACGUGGACGUGGACGUGGACGUGGACCUUGACGUGGACAUGGACGUGGACGUGGACGUGGACAUGGACGUGGAUGUGGACGUGGACGUGGACAUGGACAUAGACGUGGACGUGGACGUGGACGUGGACCUUGACGUGGACGUGGACAUGGACGUGGACGUGGACAUAGACGUGGACGUGGACGUGGACGUGGACGUGGACCUGGACGUGGACGUGGACGUGGACGUGGACGUGGACAUGGACGUGGACAUGGACGUGGUCGUGGACGUGGACGUGGACGUGGACCUGGACGUGGACCUGGACGUGGACGUGGACGUGGACGUGGACAUGGACGUGGACGUGGACGUGGACAUGGAGGUGGACGUGGACGUGGACGUGGACGUGGACAUGGACGUGGACGUGGACUUGGACAUGGACGUGGACGUGGACGUGGACUUGGACGUGGACGUGGACGUUGACAUGGACGUGGACGUGGACUUUGACAUAGACGUGGACGUGGACGUGGACGUGGACCUUGACGUGGACGUGGACAUGGACGUGGACGUGGACGUGGACGUGGACGUGGACAUAGACGUAGACGUGGACAUAGACGUGGACGUGGACAUGGACAUAGACGUGGACGUGGACGUGGACGUGGACCUUGACGUGGACGUGGACGUGGACGUGGACAUGGACGUGGACGUGGACAUGGACGUGGACAUGGACGUGGACGUGGACGUGGACAUGGACGUGGACGUGGACAUGGACGUGGACGUGGACGUGGACGUGGAGGACUUGGACGUGGACAUGGACGUGGACGUGGUCGAGGACGUGGACGUGGACGUGGACGUGGACGUGGACAUGGACGUGGACGUGGUCGUGGACGUGGACGUGGACGUGGACAUGGUCAUAGACGUGGACAUGGACGUGGACGUGGACGUGGACGUGGACGUGGACGUGGACGUGGACGUAGACGUGGACGUGGACAUGGACAUGGACGUGGACGUGGACGUGGACGUGGACGUGGACCUUGACGUGGACGUGGACGUGGACAUGGACGUGGACGUGGACGUGGACAUGGACGUGGACGUGGACAUGGACAUGGACGACGUGGACGUGGACAUAGACGUGGACGUGGACGUGGACAUAGACGUGGACUUGGACGUGGACGUGGACGUGGACGUGGACGUGGACGUGGACAUGGACGUGGACGUAGACGUGGACGAGGAUGUGGACGUGGACCUUGACGUGGACGUGGACCUUGACGUGGACGUGGAUGUGGACGUGGACGUGGACGUGGACAUAGACGUGGACGUGGACAUAGACGUGGACGUGGACGUGGACCUUGACGUGGACGUGGACCUUGACGUGGACGUGGACGUGGAUGUGGACGUGGACAUGGACGUGGACGUGGACAUGGACGUGGACGUGGACGUGGACAUGGACGUGGACAUGGACGUGGACAUGGACGUGGACGUGGACGUGGACGUGGACAUGGACGUGGACGUGGACGUGGACAUGGACGUGGACGUGGACGUGGACGUCGACGUCGACGUGGACGUGGACGUGGACGUGGACAUGGACGUGGACGUGGACGUGGACGUGGACGUCGACGUGGACGUGGAGUGGACGUGGACAUGGACGUGGACGUGGACGUGGACGUGGACGUGGACGUGGACGUGGAGUGGACGUGGACGUGGACGUGGACGUGACGUGGACGUGGACGUGGACGUGGACAUGGACGCGGACGUGGACGUGGACGUGGUGGACAUGGACGCGGACGUGGAUAUGGACGCGGACGUGGACGUCGACAUGGACGUGGACGUGGACGUGGACGUGGACGUGGACGUGGACGUAGACGUGGACGUGGACGUGGACGUGGACGUGGACGUGGACAUGGACGUGGACGUGGACGUGGACGUGGACGUGGACAUAGACGUGGACGUGGACGUGGACGUGGACGUGGACAUGGACGUGGACGUGGACGUGGACGUGGACAUGGACGUGGACGUGGACGUGGACGUGGACGUGGACAUGGACGUGGACGUGGACGUGGACCUGGACGUGGACCUGGACAUGGACGUGGACGUGGACGUGGACGUGGACGUGGACGUGGACGUGGACGUGGACGUGGACGUAGACGUGGACAUGGACGUGGACGUGGACGUGGACGUGGACGUGGACGUGGACGUGGACAUGGACGUGGACAUGGACAUGGACGUGGACAUAGACAUGGACGUAGACAUGGACGUGGACAUGGACGUGGACGUGGACGUGGACGUGGACGUGGACGUGGACGUGGACAUGGACGUGGACGUGGACGUGGACGUGGAGGUGGAGGUGGACGUGGACGUGGACAUGGACGUGGACGUGGACGUAGACAUAGACGUGGACGUGGAGGACUUGGACGUGGACGUGAACGUGGACGUGGACGUGGACGUGGACGAGGACCUUGACGUGGACGUCGACGUGGACGUGGACGUAAACGUGGAGGACUUGGACGUGGACGUGGACGUGGAUGUGGACUUGGACGUGGGCGUGGACGUGGACGAGGACAUAGACGUGGACGUGGACAUGGACGUGGACGUGGACGUGGACGUGGACGAGGACAUGGACGUGGACGUGGACGUGGACGUGGACAUGGACGUGGACGUGGACGAGGACGUGGACAAGGACGUGGACGUAGACGUGGACGUGGACGAGGACUUGGACGUGGACGUGGACAUGGACGAGGAGGUGGACGUGGACGUGGACAUGGACGUGGACGUGGACGUGGACAUGGACGUGGACAUGGACGUGGAAGUGGACGUGGACGUGGACAUGGACGUGGACGUGGACGUGGACGUGGACGUGGAUAUGGACGUGGACAUGGACGUGGACGUGGACGUGGACGUGGACAUGGACGUGGACGUGGACGUGGACGUGGACAUGGGCGUGGACGUUGACGUGGACGUGGAUGUGGACGUGGACAUGGACGUGGACAUGGACGUGGACGUGGACAUGGACGUGGACAUGGACGUGGACGUGGACGUGGACGUGGACAUGGACGUGGACAUGGAGGUGGACGUGGACGUGGACGUGGACAUGGACGUGGACGUGGACGUGGACGUGGACGUGCACGCGGACGUGGACGUGGACGUGGACAUGGACGUGGACGUGGACGUCGACAUGGACGUGGACGUGGACGUCGACAUGGACGUGGACGUGGACGUGGACGUGGACGUGGACGUGGACGUGGACAUGGACAUGGACAUGGACGUGGACAUGGACGUGGACGUGGACAUGGACGUGGACGUGGACGUGGACGUGGACCUGGACGUGGACGUCGACAUGGACGUGGACGUGGACGUGGACGAGGACCUAGACGUGGACGUGGACGUGGACGAGGACGUAGACGUGGACGUGGACAUGGACGUGGACGUGGACGUGGACAUGGACGAGGAGGUGGACGUUGUCGUGGACAUGGACGUGGACGUGGACGUCGACGUGAACGUGGACAUGGACGUGGACGUGGACGUGGACGUGGACGUGGACGUGGACAUGGACCUGGACGUGGACGACUUGGAUGUGGACGUGGACGUGGACGUGGACGAGGACCUGGACAUGGACGUGGACGUGGACAAGGACGUAGACGUGGACGUGGACAUGGACGUGGACGUGGACGUGGACGUGGACGAGGACAUGGACUUUGAUGUGGACGUGAACGUGGACGUAGACGUGGACACGGACGUGGACGAGGACAUGGACGAGGAAGUGGACAUGGACAUGAACGUGGACGUGGACGUGGACGUGGACAUGGACAUGGACGUGGACGUGGACGUGGACAUGGACGUGGACAUGGACGUGGACAUGGACGUGGACGUGGACGUGGACGUGGACAUGGACGUGGACGUGGACAUGGACGUGGAAGUGGACGUGGACGAGGACAUGGACGUGGACAUGGACGUGAACGUGGACGUGGACAUGGACGUGGACGUGGACGUGAACGUGGACGUGGACGAGGACGUGGACGUGGACGUGGACGUGGUCGUGGACGUGGACGUGGACGUGGACGUGGACCUGGACGUCGACAUGGAGGUGGACGUAGACAUUGACGUGGACGUGGACGUGGACGUGGACGUGGACAUGGACGUGGACGUGGACGUGGACGUGGACAUGGACGUGGACGUGGACAUGGACGUGGACGUGGACGUGGACGUCGACAUGGACGUGGACGUGGACGUGGACGUCGACAUGGACGUGGACGUAGACGUGGACGUAGACGUGGACGCAUGCUUGUUCCGGUCGCAUGCUUGUGUCCGGACGCAUGCUUGUGUCCGGACGCAUGCUUGA